AUGCACUCCACACUAGUCCGGCUCCAAAAUACCUUUGGCUUCUUCACGACGGUGGCAUUUGUAGUCGCCGCCGUGAUAGCCAUCUCGGAUCUGUUCUCGGAGCGGACGCCGACUGCCCCGACACUCCGCCCUACCAGCGUCUCGGUCAACAAGGGCCGCCCGCACUUUUACAGCAGCAAGAAGGAGGAGUAUGCCUCGAUCCGGUUCGACCUCGAGGCCGACCUAUCGAGCCUCUUCACCUGGAACACCAAGCAGGUCUUUGUCUACGUCACGGCCGAGUGGGAUGGGCGUGGCAGCAGCAGGAGCAGCAGCAGCAGCAGCAAUGUGACGGCUGCCAACCAGGCUGUCAUUUGGGAUAGCAUCAUCACCAGCCCGAGCUCCGACCACCUCGCAAACCUGGGCCCGCAUACGCUCAAGAAGUUGAAGAAGAGCGCCGCCGGCAAGACGAUUGAUCCGAGCCGCGGAAUCCUCAAGCUCAAGAACCAACGUCCCAAGUACCAAAUCACCCACCCGAGCGGCAAGCUGGCCCAGACCCCAGAGGUCCGCUUGCGCAUGCACUACAACGUCCAGCCCUGGGUCGGCGUCCUCGCCUGGAACCAAGUCCGCGACAUUGGAAAGUGGAAGGCCAUGGACCAGGGCGUCAGCGAACCCUUCCCUCUCCCCGCCAUCAAGGUCAAGGAGACUCCAAAGACCAAGAAGGCUUAG